AAAAAAGUGCGUGAAAUACUGAAAUAAAAAGCGAAAAAGAAAAAUGUAUGAUUCACACGAACAUGAAUAUUGUUGUUUGAGUUCGGUCAACUUGGACUUGGUUUUGACAAAAUCAGUUCGAUGUAUAGCCGGACCAUAAUUGUUUCUUCUAAAUGGAAGUAAAGUAAUCUCCCAACUCAGAUUAAAAUAUAAACCAAACAGAUCAAUCAUUCAUUAAACCAUCUUUGAACCAAACUAUGCUGCACUCUUUACUGGCUACACAAAUAACACGCUCACUUACCUACUUCUCUGGUUAACCGGCGAUGCACACCUCCGGAGCCGGUGGUGAUGGCCGAACGAACACGUGCCACGUGGUGGCGAUGCCGUUUCCGGGAAGGGGCCACAUCAAUCCCAUGAUGAACCUCUGCAAAACCCUAGCAUCACGACAACCGAAAAGCAUCCUCAUCACCUUCGUCGUCACUGAAGAGUGGCUCGGAUACAUCGCCAGCGAGCCCAAGCCCGACUCGGUUCGCUUCGCCACCAUACCCAACGUGGUGCCAUGCAGAAGCUGAGAACAUCCCAGGAAUUUCUUCAGCUCAUUUGGCAGACAUUGAAACGGUGUUACAUCAGAAUGAUGACCAAGUCAUGCAGCUUGCAAUGGAGUGUAUCUCAAAGGUUCCAAUAGCAAAUUACCUUCUACUCACCACAGUCCAAGAGUUAGAACCAGAAAUAAUUGAUUCUCUGAAAGCUAUAUACUCUUUUCCAGUCUAUCCUAUUGGCCCUGCCAUACCUUAUUUGGAGCUAAGAGAAGAUUAUAACAUUGGUGAUCAUAGCCCUGACUAUGCAAAUUGGCUAGAUUCUCAACCACCUCAAUCAGUGUUAUACAUUUCUCUGGGCAGUUUCCUCUUAUUGUCUAGUACCCAAAUGGAUGAAAUCGCCGAAGCGCUAAACAGCAGUGGAAUUCGCUACCUCUGGGUGGCUCGGGCAGAAGCUUCUCGGAUGAAAGACAAGUGUGGAGAAAAGGGUAUGGUGGUGCCAUGGUGUGACCAAUUGAAGGUGUUGACUCAUCCUUCCAUAGGUGGAUUCUGGAGCCAUUGUGGAUGGAAUUCCACACUAGAAGCCCUGUAUGCCGGCGUGCCGAUGCUUACAUUCCCUCUUUUCUUGGAUCAAGUUCCCAACAGCAGCCAAAUUGUAGAUGAGUGGAAGAAUGGGUGGAAGGUAGAGACAUCAAAUUUGGGGAGUGAUAAGCUGUUGGCAAAGGAAAAGAUAGAGGAACUGGUUAAGAGGUUUAUGGAUCUUGAGAGCAGAGAGGGAAUUAAAAUCAGAGAGAGGGCAAGAGAACUUAAGGGUAUGUGUCACAGAGCAGUUGCGAAUGGUGGAUCAUCUGAUGGGAACCUAGAUGCAUUUCUAAGAGACAUUUCAAGGCCAUUAGUGGAUUGAAAAAUGAAAAUGCAUCUCUGCCUCCGUAGUCACAUAAAGCAAUGGUGUUAAACUAAGGUCUGAAUUGGAGACUCUAUUCUUAUACCAAUUGCAAAUUUGGAUGUAUUUGACAUUGUAAAAUGCCACACAAGUGAACUUGGAUAUUCUGUUAGCUGUAUUUGUCAUUCUGCAUUAGCAGUUUGAAGUUUGCAGAUAUAGUACAGCAUUAUGAUUUCUGUGUGUCAAUGAGGCUAAUAUCUAGACUUUAUGCAUAUACUGAUGUGAAGUAGCACUUGUACCUACA